GUUACUUAGAGAAGAAAUUGUGAGCCAGUUUCCCUGGAGAGAGCUAGAGAUUAUCUGUGUCUGGAGCACCUACUUUGGAGAAGGAGGGAAAAAUAGAACUUUGAACCCUGAAUCCCUUUCUCUCAUUUGGGGUCUAGAUCUCAUUGAAAAACUCCUUUCUAACACUAUCCACUAUUUCAAUGCAGUACCACCAUGGGAGGAGGAGAGAGAACCCAAGUUCUACUUUUUUCUGCAUCCCCUACCUGACCACUGGGACAGACUCCUGAAACAAUAAUGAAGUUUAUUCUCUUUGCUCUCCUUGUGGGUGCAUUUUACUCUGAUCAUACAGUCAAGCAUGACAAGGAAGAACUUGUUUCCUACCCGGUGUGCAUCAAAAACCACUUUAGUCCUUGUGUAGGUGUCCUUAUCCAUAGACAGUGUUUGUUAGCAGCUGCCCACCACUAUUUACCAAGACUCAAAACGUUUAUGGGGAAUUUCACAAAGAGAAUUAAGGAUGCCACAGAGCGAACCCUUAAUUCUAUUCACAUGAUAUCCUGGAAUUUAAGCACAAAUCCUUCUGAGCACAAACUCAUGGUUCCAUCCACUCAAAGAGUUCCUCAGGGCAGUACCUAUUCUGGCUCUGAUGUGGACAGGAGUGUACCCGGUGGUGAUAAUCCUGAUUUACAGGAAGACAAUAAGGCCCUUAUGAUCAUAGAGAAAAAAUGUCAGAAAAGGGACCUAGGAAAAGUCCGCAGGAAGAGGAGCUGUUUACAUUUCUUAAAUCCAUUCAGGAGACUUUGUGUGGAAACUUGGAAGUGGUAUUGGCUAUUGUCAUCUGCAAUGACAAGAUUCAGAUCAAGAAAUGUUAGCCAUUUCCUUGAAAAUAACAUCAGCAUCUACACCAAUAUUUUCUGCUAUAUCCUAAGUAUCCAAAAAUUUUUCAUCAAGAUGAGUUACUGCUAUGUUUUCUGACAUGCUGUCAGAAAAAAGUCAGUGGUGGUAAUAAAUUGUAUUAAAAAGUAAAAUGACCUUCAGUAUUAAAAGGAAUAUGACCUUCAAA